GGGAGAACCCAUGCGUUUCCGCGCGAUUAGGGGGCUGGGGCUUCGGGGUUUCGCCGCAUGCGCUAUCGGUGCGGGGUGAGGGCGAUAGAUGGUGGCGGUGCGGGAUCUAGGGCUCGCCCAGGGGCUCGCCCUCUGCGCCUGCUGGGUGGUCCCGCUGAUCGGGUUCUUGAUCCGGAGGAAGUGGCGGCAGUCGGUGGAGCGGAGCCGCGAGAUCAAGCGGCUGCUCGUGCUGGCCUCGGAGGAGGCCGCGAGGGCCGAGCUCGAGGCCUCCGUCGGGUACGGGGCGUUCGCGGCCCCCCGGGGCUAUCAGUGCGCCAUCUGCUAUUCCCCCACCACCACCCGGUGCGCUCGCUGCAAGUCGGUUCGAUACUGUUCUGGUAAGUGUCAAAUCAUUCACUGGCGACAAGGUCAUAGGGAAGAAUGCCACCCUCCCGACUCUGGGAAUGACUAUAGUCAAAAGGUCACAGAAUUUGAGGAAGAUGUAGAUUAUGGCAAUACACUUGGGAAUGCAUUUGGGGAUGCUGCAAAAUCUACUGAAGGUUUUGUUGAUGAACCAACAUCGGCGGACAGUAACUGCUCUUCAAGCACAACGCCUGAGAAAAAUAGCAAUAUCAAAGUUGAGUCAGAAAGUUAUCAUUCUGAAUCUUCAAGUGCCAAAUUUUCUGGAUUCUCUGGCUCCACUGCCAGUAAUGAAUUAUCUGAUGAUGCUUCAAUACGUGAAAGUGUUGGUUCAAACGAUUCCGGGAGUUCAGAUGAGAAUAGAUCAUCUAAUGUUGGACGGAACAUGCCUGGCACUACAUGUGAUGACUCUAGAGAUGAUGCUAAGCCACCAUCUCCAAAAUUUGCAAGUUUAGUUGGUUCGGUCCGUGGCUAUGCUAGUUUGGACGAGUCAAAUAAGAAGCCUGGCUGCAAUGAUGCACAAGAACAAUGUGAUUUAAAAAGUGAAAGUAUCAAGAGGCCUAGUGAUCAGAUGGUUGAGCCAUCUGUGAACUCUUCUAAUUUUUGGCAGAGUGUUGUGGUUCCCGCUGAGAAGCAAACUAUCAUCUCAGAUAGUUCCCUGCCGCCCAAGCUUAAUAAUGCGAAUUUGAGCGAAGCAUCUGGUUCUCAAUCUCACAUGCUUCCCUCCUUUAGUAAGUUCCAGAGUAAUGAACAGGUCUCGCGUAGCAAAGGCUUCGAAGAAGAACGCUUCAUGUCUCGUGAUGCUCUUCCUCAGAACAAAUUUGACAAGGAACCUACAUUGUUGGGGAAAGUGGUAAAAGGCGGUUUGAGUGCUAGCAAACCUCCAUCUUUGAACUGUGAGAGAUCUAGUCGUAUCGGGGAUGACGAGACCACUUUCGUAUCUGAUGGGGCUCCUUUCAGACAGGAACAUACUUCCAGAAGGGAUGCCACCAACAUUGGUGUUGGGCAUCCGAUUCCACCUGUCAAUAUGACUGAAAGUGACAAAGUUCAACACAGCGUUGCUUUACCCUCUCAGUCGGCAGCUUGUUCUUUAAAGGCUUUGCAAAAUGUAAAGUCAUCUAUCGAUACUACCGGAGACCAAUCGAAAGGAUCUGUGUUGUCCAAACGGUAUCUGGCAGGAGAUGGAAGUGAUACAUCUGGAAAAUACAAUGACAAGGGGCUCUUUCCUUAUGAUCUUUUUGUCAAGCUUUAUACAUGGAAAGAAGUGGAAUUGCUCCCAUGCGGUCUUGUGAAUUGUGGGAACAGUUGUUAUGCUAACGCCGUGUUGCAAUGCCUGGCUUUUACUCCUCCUCUCACUGCAUAUUUUCUUCGGGGACUUCAUUCAAAACUUUGUCCAAAGAAGGAGUGGUGUUUCAUGUGUGAAUUUGAGAGCUUGAUUCAAAAGGCUAAAGAAGGGACCUCAGCAAUUUCUCCAAUUAGGAUAAUAUCCCAAUUACAUAAAAUUGGAAGCCAGCUUCAUAAUGGGAGAGAGGAAGACGCCCAUGAAUUUUUAAGGUGCGCCAUUGAUGCGAUGCAGUCAAUUUGUCUUGUGAAAUCUGUGGAGAUGGGGUCUAGUUCUUCAGAAGAGGAAACCACUCUGAUGGGAUUGACAUUUGGUGGCUAUCUUCGGUCAAAGAUAAGAUGCACCAAGUGUCAUGUAAAAUCUGAGCGGCAUGAAAGAAUGAUGGAUCUAACUGUUGAGAUAGAGGGAGAUAUUGGAACCUUGGAACAAGCUCUUCAUCGGUUUACCGAAAAUGAGACUCUGGAUGGAAAAAACAAGUAUCAUUGCAGCAGGUGUAAAUCCUAUGAGAAGGCCAGAAAGAGAUUGAAAAUAUUGGAAGCUCCAAAUGUGCUUACUAUUGCAUUAAAACGGUAUCAGUCUGGAAAAUUUGGAAAGCUCAACAAAUUGAUUCAGUUCCCAGAGAUCCUCAACUUGGCUCCUUAUAUGAGUGGAACUAGUGACAAAUCGCCUAUAUACAGACUGUUUGGAGUUAUAGUCCACUUGGAUGUCGAGAAUGCUGCAUUUUCUGGUCAUUAUGUGUGCUAUGUUAAGAAUCCUCAAAACAAGUGGUUCAAGAUUGAUGAUAAAACGGUAACACCCAUGGAACUUGAGAGCGUCCCCUCAAUGGGGGCAUACAUGCUACUCUAUGCUAGGUGCUCUCCCCGGGCCCCCAGAUCGAUAAGGGACAAAUUAAUAUCUGCGGACCCAAAACAUAAAGCAGUACUUGCCAGAAACAGUGGGAAAAUUGCUGCAUUGAGCAUUAAGCCACCGGGAAGAUUUUCCAGCAAUAUUUUCCCCAAUUCAAUGUCUUCAGAUGGUUCAGCUACUAUUGAAUCCUUCUAUUCAAAGUUCCAUCGGUUGCAAAGGAUACUGGAAGAAGAUUCUUCAAGCGACAAUUCUUCCCUAUUCAGUAACACUUCAGAUGAAGGAUCUUGCAGUACAGAUGGGACCCGAGAUUCUGCCAGCGCAGACGACCUUUCAGAUUAUAUAUUCGGUGAGCGAGGUUGGAGCAGCUCUUGGAGGAACUCCUCUGAUUCUGACACUUCAUCUUCUUCUUCCUCUCCCCUUUAUUCAAGGCACUCACCCCUGGCCAAUCCAGAAAGACAUGCUUCAGGUUUUGCUGAAACGAGCCCAUCUCAAAGAGACGGUUUGGAUUCCGGUCUGAGAGGCGAUGAAUUUUUGAACUCGGACAUUACUAAGUGGCGUAGGGAGUUAGAAAUUAGCAAUAGUAGUAGUCAUCGCAGUAGUAGUAGUAGUAGACGUAGAGAGACUGACUCGGAGAGAUUUGCCUGGUCGAACGGCUCUUAUGAUGUGAAAAACGGUGUCUCUUUGAGAAGAUCUGCAAGAGAAAGAACGGAUUAAACCUUUUAAUUACUUAGGAACCAAGAUAGAGGGUGGGUAAAUAAAAGUUCUGGGGAAGGUUCAUCUCAAAUUGUAAUCCUUUUGGCUGGUCAUGUGUCGGUAAAUAUGAGUAAAUCACCAUUUUGCAUUA